AUGGCCGAGAAGUCUAAGCCACCGGGUAGCCCAUCCCUGGGCGUCGAGAAGACCAUGACCGAUCCCCAGACCCCCCCGGAACAAUUGGAAAAACGGUAUACCCUCCUUUCUGUGAUCGCAUUCGCCUUCACCACGAUGAAUUCAUGGAUGGCGUUCGCGUCCGGCAUCGCAGUCCCGCUUGCGUGUGGCGGAGGCCCUGGCAUUAUCUACGGCCUCAUCGUGGGAGCUAUCGUGAUGGCCAUCAUCAAUGUUGGUUCUGCGGAGCUGGCUUCUGCUUUUCCUUCUGCCGGGGGUCAAUACCAUAUGGUCUUCAUGGUGUUUCCCAAAUCAUCACGCCGGGCUGCUGCCUUUUUCGUGGGAUGGAUUACGAUCGUCUACCUCGUGGCGGCGUUGGUGUCGUGCAAUUUCUUUGUCGCAAGCUCAGUCCUCGAGCUGGUUGCGCUCUGGAUUGACACGUACCAGGUUCAAGCAUGGCAUACAUAUCUGCUUCAUGUGGCAUUAUGUAUUGUUGCGUUCUUCCUGACAUCCCGAUUCCCGGCGGCCAUUGGCUGGCUGGGUGUUGGCAUCUUCUUUCUGUCACUGAUGGGCUUCGUCGCCUCGAUGGUCACCCUAUUGGCUGUCAGCGACGAAAGGCAGAGCAGCGACGCGGUGUUUCGGGACUACAGGAAUACUAGCGGGUGGACAGAUGGCUGGGCAAUGAUUAUCGGCAUUACAGGGUGCCUUUGGGCAUACAGUGGCGGCGAUGCACCAACGCACGUCGCGGAAGAAGUGCCGAACCCCAGUCGCAAUGUGCCAAUUGCCAUGUGUGUCUCAAUUGGCCUGGGGUUUGUCACCGUUCUGGCGUGGAUUAUUGCGCUCAUGUUCGUCGUGAAAGACGUCGAUGCGAUUGUGGAAUCGACAGUUCCAAUCCUGGAGGUAUACAACCAAGCAUUGGGGUCCAGAGUCGCGAGCACCAUCUGGAGCGUGUACUAUAUGGUGAUGUUCUACGAUAUUGUCCUGAACCUCUUCAUCUUUGGAGGUCGAACGAUCUGGUCCAUGUCUCGCGACGGCGGCAUUCCCUGCUCCAGAUGGUUUUCUCAUCUCCAAUGGAACAGCCCCGUGCGCGCGACAGCUCUCUUGCUGGCUCUGCAGAUUAUCGUCGGCAUCCUGUACAUCAUCUCAUCCGAAGCCUACAGCAGCUUCAUCAACCUCACUUUGUUCAACCUCAAUAUCACCUUCGCGAUUCCCCAGGCAGCCCUGUUCUUCCGUGGCCGGGGGUGUCUCCCAGAACGAGCGUUCUCGCUGGGGAGAUAUGGGUCUGCGGUUAAUCUGGUGGCGACGCUAUUCAUCAUUCUCUUCUCGAUCUCGUUUUGCUUCCCCGUGGCCCUGCCCGUUACCGGGGCGUCGAUGAACUAUUUGGUCGUUGUCAUGGCUAUUUCCUGGAUUAUCCUAGCUGCGCUGUGGUGGGGAGGAUUGAACAAGACGUUCACGGGGCCCCGGGAGAUUGUUAACAGUGAGAAUGGGAGCUUUCAAGCGUAUUAA